AUGAAUGGGGCCGGGGGAGUGGAGGGGGAGGGGAAGGUCUGUUCGGUGCUGCAGCAGCAGCAGCUGCUGCUGCAGCGCGCUGCAGCAGCAGCAGCAGCAGCAGCAGCAAAGCAGCAGACUCAAGUCAAGUCUGAACUCCAAAAUGCCAAAAGCGAAGCUGCUGCUGCUGCUGCUGCUCUCGAGGAGGAAAGGCGCAGCAGCAAAAGAGCAGCAGAAGAGGCCCAGGCAGAGAUACGGCGGCUGCGCUGCCACACAGAGCAGCUGAAGGAGCAGCAGCAGACACUGGAGACGCAGCUGGCAGCAGCAGCAGCAGCAAAAGAGCAGCAGCAGCAGCAGCUGCAGCAGCAGCUGCAGCAGCUCAAAAAGGAGAAGGAAGAAGCAAACGAAGCUGCGCAGCAGCAGCUACAGCAACAAGCCGCAGACAUCUCCACACUGCAGCAGCAAGUUGCUGCGCUGCAGCAGCAGCUGUCGGCGAGCCAGGCCGAGGUGUCUGCACACAUGGAGGCAGCAGCAGCAGCGCAGCAGCAGCAAGCAGCAGCAGCAGCUGCUGCUGCGGAUUUGAAAGACAAAUUAAAAGAAAGGGAGAUCUUUUUGGAAGCGCAGCUAGCUGACAAAGAUCUUUCUUUCCAGCAGCAACUGCAGCAGCAGCAGCAGGAACUGCAGGAGCAGCAGCAGCUGCUGCAAGAGCAGCAGCAACAGCAGCUGCAGCAGCUGCAACAACAGCUGCAGGAGCAGCAGCACCAGCAACAGCAGCUACAGCAGCAACUGAAGCAGCAGCAGCAGGAACUGCAGCAGCAGCAGGAAGUGAACCAGCAGCAGCAGCAAGACCUGCAGCAGCAACUGCAGCGGCAGCAGCAGGAGCUGCAGCAGGAGCUGCAGCAGCAGCAGCAGCAGCAUCAACAGCAGCAGCAGGACCUGCAGCAGCAGCUGCAGCAGAAGGAGGGAGAGAUUGCUAGGAUGCUGCAAGAGGCCGACAGCAGCAAUCAGCAGCAGCUGGAGAAGCAGAAGAAAGAAGAGGAGCAGCAUCAGGCUGCUUUGCUGCAGCAGCAGCAGCAGUAUGCUGCUUUGCUGCAGCAGCAGCAGACAGAGGCUGCAGCAGCAGCAGCAGCCCUGCAGAAGGAAAUAGCCGAACAGAAGGAACUGACUGAAAAACAGCUGAGGAGGAUCGAAGACCUUGAAGCAGCAGCAGCAGCAGAUGCAGCAGCAGCACAAGCAGCAGCAGCAGCAGCAGAAGCAGCGGGAAAAGAGAAGGCGGCAGCGGCAAAAGAGCAGCAAGCAGCAGCAGCAGCAGCAGCGACGGCGAAGGAAGAGGCGCAGCAGCUGCAGCUGCAGCUGCAGCAGAGGGAAGCCGAGCUGCUGCAGGUGCAGCAACAGGCGCAGCAGCAGCAGCAGCAGCAGCAGCAGCAGCAGCAAGACCGGCUGCUGGCCGAGGCCCUAAGCCGCUGGGAGGGAGAGAAGCAGCAGCAUUUGAAAGAUGCAGACAAAUAUAAAAUGAAAAUAAAUGAAUUAGAAUUAGAAAACGAAAGACUGCAGCAGCAGUCGCAGCAGGCUGCGAGCCAGCUAGCAGCAGCAGCAGCAGCAGCGCAGCAGCAGCAGCAGCAGCUGGCCGAGGCCAGGCAGCAGCAGCAGCAAACCGAAGCAAAACUCAAAAGCAUCACACAAGAAGUCAAUGCCCUCAGCAGCAUCAAGAAGCAAAUGCAGCAGCAGCUGCUGCGGCUGCAGGCUGAGAAGCACCUGGUGGAAGCCAGGCAAAAACAGCCCAGCAGCAGCAGCAGCAGCAGCAGCAGCAGCAGCAGCAGCAGCAGCGGGAGGAGCGGCGAGGCACAGCGAACACAAGCAGCAGCAAACAGCCAGCAAGCAGCAGGUAAAGACGAGGCCCUGGCUAGCCAAGGGGGGCCCCCAGCUAGCCAAGAGGGGGGCCCCCAAGCUAGCCAAGAGGGGGGCCCCCCAGCUAGCCAAAAGGGGGGCCCCCCAGCUAGCCAAGAGGGGGGCCCCCCAGAGUACCCUUUAGAAGGCCAGCCCUGGAAGCAGCGAAGGGUGGAAGAGCAGCAGCAAAUCGAGUGGGCUGCUGCAGCACAUGCAGGCAAAGCCACGAACAGCAGCAGCAGCAGCAGCAGCAGCAGCAGCAGCUACUGGAGCAGCAGCAGCAGCAGCGCGGAAGAACUCGGCAGCCCCAAGGCAGCAACAAGCGCAUGCACUGCAGGCAGGGCCCGCAGGGCCAGGCCUUCUCACACCAGCAGCAGCAACAGCAGCAGCAGCAGCAGCAGCAGCAGCAGCAGCAGCAGCUUGUGCGAAGAGGACAUGCAGGUGGAGGGGGAGGGGCAGGGAGGUGUCUAUACACCUGAAGGCAAUGCAGAUGGCGCCAAAACUUUUAUUCGAAGACACUCUUUGCGUUUGCGAAAACAAAAAACAAAAUUAAAAACAGAAAGUGAUUUAGAAAUAAAAGCAGACCCUGCUGCUGCUCCCGGGGCAGCAGCAGCAGCAGCAGCAGCAGCAGCAGCAGCAGCAGCAGCAGUUGCUGCGGCGCCCCACAGGGCCGGGGAACAGCACAGAAAGAAGUGA